AUGGUCCGCAUCACAGCUGCCCUUCUUGUCCUUACCCCCGCCCUUGCCAUGGCUAGCAUGCCGUAUUGCGAAGGAAAUGUGUCGUAUUGCCCAAACGGCCAGGACAACGUCUCUCUCAACUACUUCCAGUGCAACAACUAUUCUCAUCAGUAUGAAUCCAUGGCCUGCCCUGCAGGUCAAGUGUGCUUUGCUAAUCCCAACAAGCCCGGCUAUGCAAUGUGCGGCCUUCCCGGAACUGGUGGUAUCCCCAGUGCUGGAAAGUGCACUGGCAACACGGCCAAGUGCGUCUCUUCGGGACAAACCGGAAACUACUCGCAGUGCGAGAAUUGGUCCGGCCAGUACGUGAACGCAGCAUGCCCCGCUGGACUCAAGUGCUACAACAAUGCUGCCGGCAAUGGUGUCUACUGUCAGUAA